GCGGGCGCGCGGGCGCGCGGGGACGAGCGCGAGCAGACACACGCGCGCCGCCGCCGCCGCCGCAGCCCUCGGCUUCCGCGCCUGGAAACCUCAGCGACCGCGCCGCUGCUCCCGGAGCUCUGCGCCGCCGCCCCUCCCGCGAGGCCAGCGGGGAAGCGCAGCGGGGACUCGGGGCCUCCGGGAGGUGGUGGUGGUGGGGGAGAACCUGUGACCCCCGCGCGGGAGCGGCGGGGCGGGGCGGGGCGGGGGGGGACCGGGAGAAGAUGGCGACGUCGGGAAGCGAACCCCAAGCUUUCGCGCCCGCCCUCUCGGUGACCGCCCUGCACCCGCAUCUGCACCCGCACCACCAGCAUCACGGAGGAGGCGCGGGCGGCUUCAACCUGCCCUUGAACCGCGGUCUGGAGCGCGCGCUGGAGGAGGCGGCCAACUCUGGGGGCUUGAACCUGAGCGCCAGGAAGCUGAAGGAGUUUCCCAGGACCGCAGCCCCGGGGCACGACCUCUCGGACACGGUUCAGGCAGAUCUAUCUAAAAACAGACUGGUGGAAGUGCCGAUGGAGCUGUGCCAUUUUGUGUCGCUGGAAAUCCUCAACCUGUAUCACAACUGCAUCAGAGUCAUUCCUGAGGCCAUUGUUAAUCUGCAGAUGCUGACCCACCUAAACUUGAGUCGAAAUCAGCUGUCUGCCCUGCCUGCCUGCCUGUGUGGCCUGCCUCUCAAAGUCUUAAUCGCAAGUAACAACAAGCUUGGAUCACUGCCUGAAGAGAUAGGUCAGCUCAAACAGUUAAUGGAGUUGGAUGUCAGCUGCAAUGAGAUCACUGCCUUGCCCCAGCAGAUAGGCCAGCUGAAGUCUCUACGGGAACUGAACGUCCGGCGAAAUUACCUUACGGUUUUACCACCAGAACUCGUAGAACUCCCCUUGGUAAAGUUUGACUUUUCCUGCAACAAAGUACUGGUGAUCCCCAUCUGCUUCAGAGAGAUGAAGCAGCUGCAAGUGCUCCUCCUUGAGAACAACCCUCUGCAGUCCCCUCCAGCUCAGAUUUGCACAAAAGGAAAGGUGCACAUAUUUAAGUAUCUGAGCAUACAAGCAUGCCAGAUGAAGACAACCGACUCCCUUUACCUCCACGCCAUUGAGAGGCCUCAUUUACACCAGCAUGUGGAAGACAGUAAGAAGGACUCUGAUUCGGGGGUUGGAAGUGACAAUGGUGAUAAGCGGUUAUCUGCCACGGAGCCCUCUGAUGAGGACACAGUUAGCCUGAAUGCGCCCAUGUCGAACAUCAUGGAGGAAGACCAGACCAUCAAGGAGGACGCAUGCCAUCAUCUCGCCCCUGCUAAAGGAGAAUUUCAGCCAAAGCCUUCCCUUUUGGGGGACAGCAACAACUCAGGACAAGAAAGAGACCAGUUCACUGAUGGGGCAAACACUCUCCACUCAGGAUUUAUGAACUAUAUUAAGGACCAGGCAGAAGACUGUGAAGAGCUAUUGCGGAUAGAAGAGGACGUGCACUGGCCGAUGGAGGGACUUCUAAGUUCAUCCAAAGAGCGGGAUUUGGAUAUAGCGAUGAUUGAGGAACUGAGGGCGGCAGAAGACUUUCUUCAGGAUCCCAACGGUCUAAGCACUAAGAUUACGGAGAGAAGCAUUUUGAACCUGUAUCCCAUGGGCUCAGCAGAAACCUUAGAAUUACCUGAUCCUGCUCUCAAUGGUCAGUUGCAGCUGGAGACCUCUCCAGAGGUGCGAAGUGAUCUGAUGUUCCAGAGUAAUGGAAGCCAGUAUUCUCCAAGUGAGAUGAGAGAGAACUCACCCUCAGUGUCUCCUACUGCAAACAUCACAGCUCCAUUCGGCCUGAAGCCUCGCUCAGGAAUGAGCAACUUGCCUUCUUUCGAAUCACAGCCAAGAAAAGCGGCAAAGGGAGCGUACCCAGCCCUCAUUCUCCCUCCUAUCUCCUUCAACAAACUUACGCAGGCACAAACAUGGGACAACUCUAGCUACAGUGUUCCAUCCGAAGGAGACAGUGACAAUGUGUUUCUAAGACCUCAGAGAAAUUUGGAAUCUAUAGACCCACAGUUUACGAUUCGGAGGAAAAUGGAGCAGAUGAGAGAAGAGAAAGAGUUGGUGGAGCAGCUCCGUGAGAGCAUCGAGAUGAGGCUGAAGGUGACCCUGCAUGACGACCUGGGGGCGGCGCUCAUGGACGGUGUCGUGCUCUGCCACCUGGCCAACCACAUCCGUCCGAGAUCUGUCGCCAGCAUCCAUGUCCCCUCCCCUGCGGUUCCCAAACUCAGCAUGGCUAAGUGCAGAAGGAAUGUGGAAAACUUCUUGGAAGCGUGCAGAAAACUUGGCGUUCCCGAGGCUGACCUCUGCUCUCCGUAUGACAUCCUGCUGUUGGAUUUUCGUCACAUUCGAAAGACUGUUGACACUCUGCUGGCACUCGGGGAGAAACCCCCACAAUCAACUUCUGCCCUCCGCUCCAGGGACCUUAUAGGCUUCUGUCUUGUCCAUGUUCUCUUUAUAAUACUGGUCUAUAUCACUUACCACUGGAAUGCUCUGUCUGCGUAACCCCCGCAUGUGCAUCCAAAUGCUCUCUGCUCUGGCACCCUGGUCCAUCCCAGCUCCUUCCUCUAUUGGAGCCUUUGCCUUGCAAACUCCCAUCCCUGUCAUCUCUUCAGUAAGCUAUCGAGUUCUGAAGUUCACCAUUUACAAACCAGAUUUUUCCAGAAGCACAAACUCUGUAGAAUGCAGUUCCCAUUGGGUAAUUUCUUGCAUUUAACUGAAAAGCAACAGUGACAGCAAAGCCUGUCAGUCCAUACCUCAUGCUCCUUCAUGCACAAAGUGCCCUCAGCAAUGGUGCUGUGGGUCCUGAUCUCUCCCAUGAGCCUUUGCUGCUCUGGGUAGGGGGUAAGGAGAACCAGGACAGGAACAGGCUGGAUUUAGCAUAUGGGAGUCUUGAUACUUGAUUCCUGUCCUAAUUCAGGACUGGGAAUUGAGCUGUAGGACUGGGAAUUGUUGCCUUGCAGAGACAAGAAGCCAGCAUUUGGGUCCAAUAUGAUUUAUACAAAUCUGUAACGAUGCCCUUGUUGACCAAGCUGAGAAGUCUUACCUGGAGAAUGACUGCUUUGCUGGCUGGUUAACUGGAAUCCUCCCUGUUUGCUGCAAGGGGGUUGUGGAGGGCACCCAGGAGGGUUGCCACCCAGGUCCCUGGGAGCAUGCCCUCUCAUGUGAGGAAGUGCCUUCCUGUCAGAGCGCCUUCUGGCGGAUCUGCUUUGCAGGGCUUUUCCUUUUUGUCAGGUCUGUUCUGAAGCCGAGAGAAGGGUUUUCUAGAAGGGAUUUCUAUUUUUGCAUAACGUGGUGGGUCAUUUUACUUUGUUGGUAUAUUGCAUAACUGCAGAUCCAGAAUGUGAUGGAUUUGACUAUUCACUUUUGAAUAAAUCUAUAGAGUCUUAGAACAUCCUUGGCACUGGGGCCUUGGGUUACCAUAGCAGCAGCCUGUAAUAAGAUUGCUCUUAUUUAGACGAAUGUUGUUUCUCCAUGUACUUGGAAUAUACAUUUGGCCUUUGAGUUCCAGUGAUGUUAACGAGCCAACUGUUUAUUUUUAAGUCAGUUUUUAAAGGCUUGCAUAGCAACUUCUUACCUUUUGGAGCAAAGUGAUGAGCUUUUAAUUAAAGGGAAAAAAACCUGUUACACUUUGCUAUAGGUGCAGAUAUUGCCAAUCCCUGGGAUGCUCUUUAGAAUAUGAGAAGUCCCUGCUGCAAGCUCGAGCCACCACCGGCUGCUUUGUUUCCUCUCCUUCUUGCCAAACACUGCUUCUUGGGUCGGGAAGAUGAUGGAGUUAAUGCCCUCAAGAUAAAUGUCUAGUUUGCUGAGACGCGGACGUUCCUCUGAUAUGGCUGCUAAAGAAGAGUAUCUUAUUUUUUUUGAACUUACUCAUGAGAACAGUGGAGAUGAGAUUCUGAAAAUCCCUCCAUACUUGAAAGGAUAUAUUUAUAAAGAUUCCUUGCUGCUAAAUCAGAUCUGAUUUUUUUCUUUAAAAAAGGGACCAUUCUCUGAGAUGUUAGACUGUGUGAGCCUUUUCCUCCCAGCUUUGUGUUGAUUGGUGAACACAGGGUACGUGUGUGUUGCUGGACAUGAGUUGUGUCUAAAUAACCACAGAUUUCCUGAAUUGCCUUUGGUGCUAUCUUGUAUUUCUCAAUCUGUAACAAUAAAAUCCCUUUGUACAGUGUCUGGUGAGCACCGUGAGCCGUAAGUUGCUUAAUAAACACGAUUUGGGUGAUUAAUCCAAGCCUUUUUUUUCCCCCCCGUUGGCCCGUUGAUGCAUUUAUUCAUGGGUACCCAGAGUGGCUCUUGGGAUUUCCACCCAGCUCUGCCAUGCAUGGGGAGUUUCCUUCAAUGAACACCACAAUUUGUUUGGGGUUUUUCCCUCUUCUUUAUGGUGGGGGAAGGGAGAAAAGAGAAAACGUACUGGGUUGCUGGCUCAAGGAAAACCACCAUCGAUUAAAAAAAAUCAAGUGAGUAAUAAAACAAUCUUGUGAGGUCAGAUUUGAUCUUCAGCAUUAUCUUUCCAUAUAUUUCUCCCCUGGCAUCCCAAGGAUUCCUUAGCCGUGCUUUUCAUUUCUCAUGUCAUUUAUUUACACCCUAAUGUGCCCCUCUCCUUGAGGUUUGCUGUGUGGUAUUUUUUCAUUAUGGAGUAUGGUCACCCACAGAACAUAAUUAAUUCAGCCCUUCAGGCAAAACUUCGAGGGAGUCAUUUUGCUUAUUAUGAGCCAGCCGUUAAUUUCCGUUUGGAACACGAGGCCUCUCUGCGCUGCUCCUCCACCGUGCCUGACACCAGCUCGUGAGCUUACAUGACACCUGACAUUGCAGCCCAGCUGGGGACAGCUGACGAAUCUGCCUUUAGGGAUUCAGCUGUAUGAUUUGUCCCGCAUACCAAACCUCCAUCGUCUCAUAGGAAAGAGUGGGGUUUUUUUUUAAAAGUAUUUCCUGCUCAUAGAGGAUAAAGAGAAACAGCUGUUUACAUUUUUGUUUUGUGAGAGCCAUCUACGCUGUAUCUCUUUCUUCGGUUCCUGAGACUGGUAGAAAACUGUUUCACUUAGCGUCAGGAUUUCCAGCAUUUAUGACAGCCAAAUCUCUAUUUGGUCCUUCUGGACUUUAGAUCCACAUCACUUCAUUUUCCUUAACACUACAGAAAGGAACCGUUUUUUGUUUUUUGUUUUUUUUUUUUUAAAAAGCUUCGUUAAAUCCCAAAGCAGAACAACUUAGUAGGGGGUUAUCAGUGACUGUAGUU